GGCUCUUUAGGAACAGAGACAAAGCAACUCCACCACAAAAAAAUUGGGUAUUUCGUUGAUCUUUGUUGUCUUGGGGGCUUCUCUGGUUUUCCACCCAAGCUAGGAACUAUGGAGCAGUACCCAGAUCAGGGUUGUGAUGACAUUGAGCUGCUCGAUUGGCUAUUUGAUCAAAACUAUGGGAUUCUCCGUCAUGAGGAAACGGGACGCCAUGGCAACCAUCACACCUGGCCAGUCCAGGACCCAAAUAUGCUGCAGCCGGCCGAACAGGCAGACAAUGACUUCCUCAAUGCCCUCCUGAGUGGAAAUGAUUCUGUGUCCGGCUCGCCUGUCUGGUCCCCUUCUCCCAGUGACAGUGGGAUCAGCGAGGACCCUCCCUCAGACCAGAUGGACAGCCCCCAGCGCCCCGAGAGUCCCCCGGAGGACACUCAGUACUUUGGGAUGAUGCCACAAACCAAGGCAGCCCUUGAAGCCAAUGUCAACCUCAAUGGCUGGCAGCCCGGAUUCCCAACAGGCAGGACGAGGAUUACACACUUUCAUUCUGAUGUACACAGACCGCAGACGUCCUCUGGCUUCCCGCUUACUGUCAAAGAUCUGCUACUAUCUGGCACACCAGAGCCCGCCCCACACCCAGCCCAACAGUCCAUUCAAGAGUUGAUUCUCAAUGAAGAUGAGAAGAAGCUUUUAGCAAAGGAGGGGGUAACUCUGCCAAGCCAACUACCUCUUACAAAGUACGAAGAAAGGAUUUUGAAGAAAAUACGCAGGAAGAUUCGCAAUAAGCAGUCUGCUCAGGAGAGCAGGAAGAAGAAGAAGGAGUAUAUUGACGGGCUGGAGAGCAGGAUGGCCGCCUGCAAUGCACACAACCAGGAGCUGCAGAGGAAAGUGUCCCAAUUGGAGAAAUGCAACGUGUCACUAAUGGAACAGUUGCGUAGGCUGCAGGCUAUGGUUAUGAAUACAUCCAACAAGCCAGCACAGACUGGGACAUGUGUACUGGUGCUUCUGCUGUCCUUCUCAUUAAUCCUGUUCCCCAACCUCAAGUCCUUCUCUGACACCAAGGUCAGCCAAGGUGACUUCAGUCCAGUCAGAAUCCAGUCACGGUCCCUGCAAAACCUACAGGCUUCCCGUGUGCUGCAUGUCAUUGAAUCCCCAUUCUCUGCCGAGGAUGAAUCAAAGGGAUUGCAAGAUAUUACUGUUAUGAUGGGAAAGCUGGGAGUGAACCGAGACCAGUCCAGUUUGGAGACAACAUCUCUGAACAGCAGUCAGGAAGAGAGAACGGGUCAUUUCCAUGUAGACCCAAUUACUGGUCACAUAGCUACUUUGACCUUGGAUCCCCAGCGUUCUGCCAGGCUGCGACCACAUGCUGAUGACAUGUAAAAGAAAUGAAUAAAUUAUCCCUUCAUGUAUUCCUCAAAUCUUCCUACUCCUGAAAAUAGAGCAGGGAAUUUAUCUGGCACUGCUGUUUACACAGACAGGGGAAUUAGGUUGUAAUCAUUCCUUGUUUAGCCUUUCUUAUAUAUUGUCAGUCUUUAUGCCUUUUCCUUAUUUGUGAUACUGUUUUAUAUCAGUCUAUGGAUUUGAAUCUUAUACCAAAAUUGCCUGUCAAGAUGAAUUGUGUUAUCCUUUGAUGAAAUGCCAUUGUAAAUUAGUGUGUCUGACACUGUCAAAAACUAGGCAAAUAGAGCUGUGAUGAACUGUACAGUUUUGAUUUCGAUGGACAAUUUGCAAAAUAUUGAAAGGAUUUUAAAAGUGUAUCUUCAUUGAAGAAUUGAUUAGAACUAUUUCGAUUAAUUCUGGGAUAAAACUGCCUCAAAUUAAAAAAAAAAAAAAAAUUAAAAGAAAAAAACCCUAACCUGGUCACAACCAGAUCGGGGGUUCAAAAUACUGGGUUCAUUUUCUCUGUCAAUUUUUUUUAUUCAUUAAAAAGCAAAGCACACGGUGCAAUAUCUCCCUUGAGGAUGAUAUGAUCCAGUGUCUAGACAAGCCAUCUCUCAAAGGGCGAGAACAGUAGCCAGGAUUUCAUGUCAAUGAAGAGGGAGACAGAAAACUGGGCCAAAGGUGGGACAGAUGACCUUUUAUCGCAUGACUCCAACUUGUUGCCCAAUAAUUGACAUGUUGAUGUAUUUACUUGUUGAAGACAGGCUGAAGUCGCUGCCCUCAUCCUGCCUGAGCUGUCAGUGCAGACCGCACAGUGAUGAGAUGAAAGUGUUCUUAUCCUCGCUGCCACUUGGGCCAGAAUUUAAUCUAAAGGUCUGACAUGUUCAGGUUGACAUUUUCUGUGGUUAGCUCGUGUUCACUUCAAGGGAGGACUGGACAUUCAGUUCUGUGAUGAAAUAAGCCACUGGAAGACUGGCUGGUCACUUUUUGACUGAACAGAACAAAACCACGAAUAAACCACCAUUAAAAGAAAUUCACACAGAAACUGAAAGACUUUAUAAAUAUUGGAGACUAAACAUUUCAAAAUUCUGCAGUUUCAUUUUUUAAAUAAUGAAAAGGUUUAUAAAGAAGCAUGUCACUGUAGAAAGAUGGUCUUUUCAUAAAACUCGGCUGUCUAUGUAGUAGAAAGACGCCAAUACAUUUAAGAUUGGUGCUGCAUUGACCAGAGAACACAGAGAAAAAUGGGUUGUGGCGACUGCUAGUUAAAGAGGUAGAAAACCUACAACUACCAGAAUGCACUGCACUGGACUACUAAACACCCCCACUGGUAGAAGAGGUGAUGCGGGGUUGGCAAAUUUUUCCCAUGGAUGUAAAAAGAAAAUUUCAUUGAGCAUUGGUAGCUUUUCUAUGAAAUUUGCUCAGUGGAGCACGAAGCCAAAAAAGUUCAGCUGCUGUUUGUGAAACUAUCUGCAUGAUCAGGGGAACCAUGUUUACUGUAAUGCUGGAUAAAACGAUUCAGUUGUGCAGCUCUUGAAAACUUUUUUUUUUCCUUUUUUUUUGUUUAAUUGAUUGAUGAUUGUCUGUAUGUCUAUUGUGGUUGUAUUUUGGUGCUUUGGCAACUUUGUUCUUGCAGCUUACUGAAGCACUUUGAAUUUAACUGAAUUGAAAACUGAGACAGAGAGCGAGCGACAGAAGGGGGUUCGCCCCCUUCACUUUACUCUUUGUGUGUAUUUUGGCCAUUAAAAAAUGACGAAGUACAAUCUAAUUUGUGCCAGGUAGAGUGCACAGGGUUUUGAAUUUUUGUAGUGGCCAAACAGUGGAAUUACAACUUCCAAGUAUGUCACGUGAUGCAAUGGGUCCUGUACUUACAUUAUAAAUGAGUCGUCUCUAAAUCAGUGGAUACAUUUAUUCUGUUUUUGAGAUUCACAAUACCCUCCAAAAUGAAUCAUUUCCCUCUCAGAAUUUGAUUCAUUCGGUCAAUAAAGUUUUUGAAAGACAAGAGCUACAUGAUACACAAUAAAAUAAUUUUAUCCCUAUUAUAAAUACUUAACUUAAUGCUAAAUCAGAAGUAUCCUCUUCCAACUUCUCUCUCAAGCUCCUUUUUUGUUGUGUGUACAUUUGAGUGCAACUGUAGGAAUGUUUAUGAGCUAGUUUGUCUCGUGCAAAGGCCUACCUUAGCCUUAAACAGAGUUUUAGAUGCAACACUUUGUGGUUUAAUAGGAAAUAAAAUCAAACUUCUGCUUGUAACAUGAAUUAUUCUGGACAUUGAAUCCUUGUAUUUCUUUAAUGUGCGAUUAGUGUUAGACCUAGCACAA